UGUUUUGGAUUAUCGCAGGCAGAGAACUGUGCGUGUUGUUCAGUUACUGGGGCAAUAAAAUAGCACGGGCUGGUGCCAAUGGCAGUGGUUUUAUGAAUGUAACUAGUUUCUUAUUGUGACAGCCUCGCUUCUUCCAUCGAAUUAUAUGCACUAACAGAAGUCGUCUGAAAGUGCUUAAAAUAUUUGCCGAUGGUAACAUUAUCAGUUACCAUCACAGAUCAUUAUUAAGUACUUUUUGGAUCAGUGAUUACCACCACAAUGAAGAGAGUUUUAACAUUCGGCGGAAGAAUGGGUAUUCUAACGGUGCCGCCUUACUGAUCCGCGAACUCGUCCGUGAUUCUGCUGUCCCUCCCAAGCUUCACCAUUGUUAUAUUUUCGCGGUGGAACAGUUUUGAUUAUGAUGAGUUAUCUCUUGAAAAACGAUCGACAAAUUACUCCUUGUCUCGCUCCUGAUCUUGUUAGGGGCGUGCGUGUGUUGCUAUAAAUAGGCGGCGGUAAACAGAGGGAGACAACCUGUGGGACCCGCCUUGCCCGAGUUGAGGGCCGUGCCUCGGCUUGCAGGUACUGUUCCUGUUUAAAGUCAGGCCGCCAACAAAAUCAUGCACACUGGUACAAAAGUGUUCAAAAAGCCGAGAACUGGAAGCUUCGAUUUGUGCUUUAUGUUAGGUAAAUAGCUAGAAUAAACACAGAUCGACAUGUCGGCAAGCUUCCUUCACGUUGGGGACAUCAUAUCUCUGUAUGCGGAGGGCACGGUCAAUGGAUUUCUGUCUACUUUGGGUCUAGUAGAUGACCGAUGUGUAGUAAGCCCAGAUGCUGGUGACUUAGGAAAUCCACCCAAGAAAUUCAGAGAUUGCCUGUUUAGAGUGUGUCCUAUGAGCAGAUACUCAGCUCAAAACCAGUUUUGGAAUGCUCAAAAACAGACCAGCUCUUCACCUGACACAUUGCUACUGGACAGGCUUCAUCAUGCAGCAGAACUAGAGAAAAAGCAAAAUGAGGGAGAGAAUAAGAAGUUGUUGGGAAGUGUGGUGCACUAUGGGAAUGUGGUGCAGCUGCUUCAUCUAAAAAGCAAUAAGUUUUUGACUGUAAAUCAACGUCUGCCAGCCUUACUAGAAAAGAAUGCUAUGAAGGUGUUGCUAGAUGGUUCUGGAAAUGAAGGUUCUUGGUUCUACAUCCAGCCUUUCUACAAGCACAGUUCCCCAGGUGACAAGGUUGUUGUUGGGGACAAGGUUGUGCUGAACCCAGUUAAUGCAGGGCAGCCCCUGCAUGCUAGCAGUUGUGAUCUUCCAGACCAACAGGGAUGCAAAGAGGUCAACUCUCUAAACUGUAACACAUGCUGGAAAGUCACUUUGUUCAUGGACUUUAGAGAAAAUCAAGAGGACAUACUAAAAGGAGGUGAUGUGGUACGGCUGUUCCAUGCAGAGCAGGAAAAGUUUCUAACAGCAGAUGAAUACCGCAAACAGCAGCAUGUUUUUCUUCGGACAACAGGAAGAACUUCUGCUACAGCUGCCACAAGUUCCAAAGCUUUAUGGGAAGUGGAGGUGGUGCAGCAUGACCCUUGCAGGGGUGGUGCAGGACACUGGAACAGCCUAUUUCGCUUUAAACAUUUGGCUACAGGCCAGUAUCUUGCUGCAGAGGUGGAUAUUGAUGUGACCCCAGAUCCCACACGAAGCAAGCUUCGAGGACAGCCUAGCCUUGCAGUCUACUGCCUGGUAUCAGUUCCACAUGGCCAUGACAUUGCAUCCAUAUUUGAGCUAGACCCUACCACUAUGAUCCGCGCAGAUACUCUAGUGCCCAGGCAGACUUAUGUGAGACUUCAUCAUUUGUGCACGGACACAUGGGUGCACAGCACCUCAAUACCAAUUGAUAAAGAAGAGGAUAGACCCAUCAUGAAUAAGGUGGGGUGUGCCAAGAUCAAGGAAGACAAAGAAGCUUUUGCUAUUGUACCAGUCUCCGCGCAAGAAGUUCGUGAUCUAGAUUUUGCCAAUGAUGCAGCCAAGGUUCUAACGCAUAUUGCCAAUAAAUUGGAGGGAUCAGCCAUAACACAGAAUGAAAGAAGAAUGGUGACAAAGCUGAUCUCAGAGGUCAUCUGUUUCCUGUGGGGCAUGGACCCAAGUGCCACCAAUGACCGGGACAUAAUGGAAGUGGAAGUGGAAGUGGAAGAUGCUGGUAAAACUGACCGCGAGCGACAGAAGCUUAUUCGAGAACAGAAUAUUUUGAAACAGGUGUUUAAGAUCCUGCAAGCUCCAUUCAAAGACAAUGGUGAUGGGCCUUGCCUCAAGAUGGAGGAGUUAUCUGAUCAGCGACAUGGGCCUUUUCGUUAUAUCUGUCGCCUUUGCUACAAGCUACUGAAACUUUCUUUCAAGAACUACCGCAAAAAUCAGGAAUAUGUUGCCCAGAAGCUUCCCUUCAUGCAGGAGCAGAUAGGCUAUGAUGUUGGCGCUGAGGACACAAUCACAGCAUUACUCCACAACAACCGAAAGCUGCUUGAGAAGCAUAUCACAGAGUCAGAGAUUGAGACUUUUGUUAGCUUGGUGCGAAAUAAGAAGGAGCCAAGAUUUCUUGAUUACCUGUCAGACCUGUGCGUAUGUAGCAAGGUGGCUAUUCCAAUUACUCAGGAACUUAUCUGCAAGUGCCUUCUGAGUGACAAGAAUGCUGACAUCCUCAUUGAAACACGACUUGUACGAACACAAGUCGAGAUGGAGAUGGAGAUGGAAAGCACCGAUGGGCCUGUAGAUCAGAUCAUCACUGUAGAGGAAGAUGAGGAGGUCAUGCUAGUGUGGAACAGUGGCAAGGACCAGAAAGGCAUUCGUGAACUGGCCAUGGCUGCUGCAGAAAAUCUCAAAGAAGACAAAGAUGUUCUCCAGUACUACAGGCAUCAGCUAGACCUUUUUUCCAACAUGUGUCUGGACCGACAGUACCUGGCGAUCAACAGCCUAUCACCUCAGCUGGAUGUUGACCUCAUUCUCAAGUGUAUGGCUGAUGAGUCGCUUCCCCCUGACUUGCGAGCCUCUUUCUGUCGCCUGAUGCUGCACAUGCAUGUUGACCGUGACCCUCAGGAGCAGGUGAAGCCAGUGAAGUAUGCUCGGCUGUGGUCCGAGAUUCCCACCGAGAUCACCAUUAAAGACUAUGAAGCACACAUCAGCACAGUUCCUGAGAGAGAGAGAGUCAAGGAGCGAUUUUCCCAGACAAUGCUGUUUGUGGAAGACUAUCUAUGCAACAUUGUCAAUAAAGCUUGGGCUGAAAAGGAGCAAAACACACUUACAUAUCAGGUGGUAAACUUAGCUCGGCAGUUGAUUUACUUUGGGUUUUACACCUUCAAUGACUUGCUUCGUCUGACGAAGACUCUUCUGAGCAUUCUUGACUGUGUGCCUGAGACAAACACCCUCCCACUCCCUCAGCCAUCAGAGAGUGAAGAGGCAGGACAUGGGGUAGGGGAAAUGACACUUCUGCAGGUGGGAAUGGAGGUUUUAGGUAACAAGAAGGCGGAGGUUGAGGAAGAUAAUCUGGUUAUGGACACCAAGCUCAAGAUUAUCGAGAUUCUUAAGUUUAUCCUGAAUGUUCGCCUAGAUUACCGCAUCACUUGCCUGCUCUCCAUUUUCAAGAAACAGCACGAUGGAGGGAACAGUUCACCUCGUGACUCUGAUCCAUCUGGAUUGGAUCUAGAAGGCAUUGCAACACAAGCAGAGGAUAUUUUUGGUGGAAGUGCAGAAACUGCUGAGUUGGACCUGGAUGGACAAGGAGGCAAGAUGUUUCUGCGUGUUCUGCUGAACCUCGUCAUGCACAACUACCCUGCCCUUGUGUCUGGUGCCCUGCAACUCCUUUUUCGACAUUUCUCUCAGCGCCAGGAGGUUCUGCAGGCUUUUAAACAGGUACAGCUUCUUGUUUCAUCAAGUGAUGUGGAGAACUACCGACAGAUCAAACAAGAUCUUGAUGAGCUGCGGUUGCUGGUAGAAAAAUCAGAGUUGUGGGUGUAUAAGAGCAAGUACAGUGAUGGCAGUAAGAAGAAAAAGAAAGGCGGUGGUGGUGGUGGUGGUGGAGAAGAUGAUGAAGAAAAGCAGGAGAAAGGGAAGGAAAAGAGUGAAAAGAAGGGCAAGUCACAGAAUUCCUCAUGGGGUUUGAUGGGUGACCAAGGCUCAGCUAUUGACCAGGAUCUGGGACCUCCCAUCAGUGGAGAUUCAAACAACAACUAUAAAACAAUCAAAUCUAUACUGACUCGCCUAACUCGCCUGUGUCUUCAAGAACUAGGAGGGGAUGCACGCAAACCUCGCAAGCAUGAGCAGCGGUUGCUGCGUAAUAUGGGAGCCCACACAGUGGUAUUAGAUCUCCUUAAGAUCCCAUAUGACAAGAACACAGAUAUUCGGAUGGUGGAGAUUAUGCGAUUGGCCCAUGAGUUUCUGCAGGCAUUUUGUCUUGGUAACCAGCCAAACCAGAAUAUCCUAUAUGGUUUUUUGGACCUCUUCUUAUGCCCUGGAGUUCUGGAGGCACAGACCAUGCGUGCCAUUUUCCAGGACAAUGUGUCCUUGUGCAGUGAUGUUACAGAGCGUGUGGUGCAGCACUUUGUACACUGCAUUGAGUCUCAUGGGAGGCAAGUACACUACCUCAGGUUCUUGCAGACGGUUGUCAAAGCUGAGUCAACCUACAUUCGCCGGUGUCAGGACCUUGUCAUGGCUGAGCUUGCAAGUGCUGGGGAAGAGGUGCUGCUGUUUUACAAUGACCGAGCCUCUUUUGAGACGUUGAUUGAACUGAUGAGAUCUGAGAGACACCGGACAGAUGACCGCAGUCCCCUGCAGUAUCACAUUAACUUGGUGCAGUUGUUGGCUCUUUGUACUGAAGGCAAAAAUGUCUACACAGAAAUAAAGUGUCACUCCCUGCUGCCUCUUGAUGAUAUUGUUCGUGUCGUCACACACCGUGACUGCAUUCCAGAGGUGAAGAUGGCGUACAUCAGCUUCUUGAACCACUGCUAUGUGGACACUGAGGUAGAAAUGAAAGAGAUCUACACCAGUCGGCACAUGUGGACACUGUUUCAAAACUUCUUAGUGGACAUGGCCAUGGUAUGUAACUCAACACAUGACCGGAAGCAUGCUGACACACAGUUAGAGAAUUAUGUGACAGACACAGUGAUGAACAUCAUCACCACUUUCUUCAGUUCUCCAUUUUCCGACCAGAGCACCAACCUGCAGACCAACCAGCCUGUGUUUGUCCAGCUCCUGCAGGGUGCUUUUCGAGUAUCCCAUUGCCAGUGGCUGACAGGCCAACAACGCUGUAACGUAGAGAACUGCAUCAAGACACUGUCAGAUAGUGCAAAGAGCAGAGGCAUUGCAAUUCCUGUUGAUCUUGACAGUCAAGUGAACUCCCUCUUUGAGCGAUCCCAGAUAAUAAUUCGCAGUACCAAUCGCUGGCUUAGUGUUCGCCAGAAUCGUCGAGAGUCUUCACCAGCUACAUCUCAUGACUACCGCACAAUCAUUGAGGGCCUUCAGGAUAUUGUAGCGACACUGGAAGACCAAAUGCGGCCACUUGUACAGGCAGAGCUAUCAGUCCUUGUUGAUGUGCUUCAUAGGCCAGAGUUACUUUUCCCCCCAGGAACAGAGGCACGCAAAAAAUGUGAAACUGGUGGUUUCAUCUCAAGACUUAUCAAGCACACAGAGCGGCUUCUGGAAGAGAAAGAGGAAACUCUCUGUGUGAAGGUGCUUCAGACACUCAAAGAGAUGAUGACCAUUGACAUUGAUUAUGGCGAGAAGGUGGACGUAAAGAUGCUUAGUAAGAAAGAACUUGAAGAUCAUCGCCGGGGGGAAGCACUACGACAGAGUCUUCUAACUCGCUUCUACGGACGAUCACAGCUCCGCAGUCGUCGUGAAAGCAUGGGUGGUAUAGGCAGCAAAUCAACAAGCAGCAGUAACAGUGGAGCUGUAGUGCUGAGCAGAACUGAGCUGACAUUGCAUGAAGUGCAGUGCCACCUGGACAGGGAGGGAGCAUCGCAGUUGGUCAUUGACCUCAUCAUCAAGAACACCAGCAACAAGAUCUUUCAGAUGACUGUUGACCUGGGCAUUGCUUUGCUGGAGGGAGGCAACAGCACAAUACAGCGGUCCAUUUUUAACCGUCUCAUGUCUGACAAGCGGUCAGAUACAUUCUUCAAGGUGUUCUAUGAUCGUAUGAAGGAUGCCCAGCAGGAAAUAAAGAACACCAUAACAGUGAACACUAGUGAUUCCCAGCAGAGGCAUCCUGACAGGGACAAAGAAGAAAAAAGGAAGAGAGCCCAGAGAAUCACUGGUGGUGUAAAUGAUGACCUGAAGCAGCAAUUUGAUGAGGCAGCACUGCAGACCAAUCAAGCCUUGGCACAGAUUCGAGCAGCACAGGGGCGAGGAGAUGAUGAAGAAGAUAGCCAUGCUAGUCAUGCAUGUGAUGAUGUCACUGGUGAGAAGGUGCCCAAAGAGAAGGAGGGCAAACAGUUACCAGUGCAGAUUUCCAUAAUGAAAAAUAUUCUACGUUUCCUGCAGUUGUUAUGUGAGAACCACAAUCGCGAUCUGCAGAACUAUCUCCGUGAGCAGAAGCACACCAGGUUUAAUUUGGUGUGUGAGACACUUCAGUUCCUUGACUGCAUUUGCGGCAGCACCACAGGUGGCCUUGGUUUGCUGGGCUUGUACAUUAAUGAGGGCAACGUGGACCUCAUCAACCAGGCCCUUGUGACUCUGACUGAGUAUUGUCAAGGACCCUGCCAUGAGAAUCAGAAUGCUAUUGCUAUGCAUGAGAGCAAUGGAAUUGACAUCAUCAUUGCUCUACUUCUUAACGACAUCAACCCACUUGGCCGCCAUCGCAUGGAUCUUGUACUGGAACUGAAGAACAAUGCCUCCAAACUGCUUCUGGCAAUUAUGGAAAGUCGCCAUGACAGUGAGAAUGCUGAACGAAUCCUAAACAAUAUGAGUCCAAAGCAGCUGGUGGAUGUGGCCAAACAAGCGUUUCACUCUGAAGAUACAAUAGAAGACGAUGAGGAGGAGGAAGAGGAAAGAGAAGCCUCGCCAAAGGCAGUUGGUCACAACAUCUUCAUCCUGGCACAUCAGCUGUCACAGCACAACAAGGUUCUGGCAGAACUCUUGAAGCCUAGUGGCACAGACUUGUAUGGAGAUCAAGCCCUGGAGUUCUACACCAAACACACAGCACAGAUUGAGAUAGUCCGACACGACCGCACCAUGGAGCGCAUUGUGUUCCCAAUCCCUGAAAUUUGUGAGUUCUUGACCGAGGAAACCAAAAAUGUCAUUCUCAAGACAGCUGAACGAGAUGAGCAAGGUUCUAAAGUGUCUGACUUCUUCAGUCGACAUGAAGAUAUGUUCUCAGAAAUGAAAUGGCAGAAAAAAUUAAGAGCCAACCCACUGCUGUUCUGGUUCAGCAGUCACAUGACUCUUUGGGGAAGCAUCUCCUUCAAUUUUGCUGUCAUCAUCAACCUCCUUGUAGCUGCCUUCUACCCUUUCAAGAAAACUACUGAGGAGGAAGCCAUGGUAAUUUUAAAGAACCCCCGACUGUCUGGACUAGUAUGGACUGCCAUGCUGGUGUCGUUGGCUAUUGUUAUCACAGUACCUCGCCCAGCAGGGAUUCGAACUCUGAUCAUUUCCACCAUUCUGCGCCUUAUCUUUUCAGUUGGGCUGGAGCCUACUUUGUGGUUACUAGGAGCACUCAAUGUGAUCAACAAAGGGGUCUUCCUAGUGAGUCUGAUGGGCAACAGAGGCACCUUCACAAAACCUAUUCAAGUUAUUAUCACAGACUUUGAGUUUAUGUACCAUAUGGUCAACCUGGGUCUCUGUGUCAGUGGCAUUCUGUUCCAUGAGUUCUUCUACAGUCUGUUGCUUCUGGAUGUGGUAUAUCGCGAAGAGACACUUUUGAAUGUCAUCAAGUCUGUUACACGUAACGGCCGCUCCAUUAUCUUGACUGCAGUGUUGGCUGUCAUCCUUAUCUACCUCUUUUCUAUCAUUGGUUUCAUCUUCUUCAAAGACGACUUCAUAAUGGAGGUGGAUCCAUAUCCCAACACCCAUCUGCUUGCUGCUAAUGUAACCAACUCUACAGACUGGCAAGGCACUUGUGCAGCAGAUAACAAAAACUGUUCAGCCCAGUCAGAUAUCAGCUCUAUGAUAGGAAUACCAAGCUUUGGUCAAAUGGCACCAUCUGAAGAGGAGUUCACUGACAACCAGCGGGCAUGUGACUCUCUCAUCAUGUGCAUUGUCACCUCACUGAACCAAGGAUUGCGCAAUGGAGGGGGUAUUGGGGAUGUGCUUCGCAAACCAAGCAGUCAGGAGCCGUUGUUUGUGGCAAGAGUUGUGUAUGACCUCCUGUUCUUUUUCAUCGUCAUCAUCAUUGUGCUUAACCUCAUUUUUGGUGUCAUCAUUGACACCUUUGCCGAUCUCAGAAGUGAAAAGCAGCAAAAGGAUGAAAUUCUAAGGAACACCUGCUUUAUAUGUGGCCUUGAGCGAGAGAAGUUUGACAACCGUUCAGUUUCAUUUGAGGAGCACAUCAAGUCCGAGCACAACAUGUGGCACUAUCUCUUCUUCAUUGUCUUGGUCAAUGUCAAGGAUCCAACAGAGUUUACUGGCCCAGAGAGUUAUGUCCACUCAAUGAUCAAGGAUCGUAACCUGGACUGGUUCCCUCGCAUGCGAGCCAUGUCACUGACAGUGGAGGAGAGUGAAGGGGAGCAGAACGAGCUGCGAAACCUGCAGGUACAGCUGGACUCUACCAAUCGCCUGGUCCAGACAUUGUCACAGCAGCUCAUGGAGCUGAAAGAACAGAUGAAUGAGCAGCGGAAGCAGAAGCAGAGGUUUGGUCUCAUCCAGCAAAAUCCAGGCAUGCCUGUGCCUUUCAGCAUUAACCAAGGAUUGUAACUACAUCUCAGCUACACCAAGGCCUUGUGACUGUCACCACAGUGUUGUCAUGUCAGUGUUUCAUGACAACACUGCCACGUCCAUGUCUUGGGACUGAAACCAAGAUUAUGACUAUCAACUCAGUGCCAUCAGAGGUAGCAAGUGAUUAACUACCAUUCAGUCUUCAUCAUAGUCUGGUGUUUGUUUUUGUUGUUUUUUUAAGAGUUGCUUUUUUUUUUUUUUGUCAUCAUUCCUAGUUUGCAAUUUAGAAAAAUUAUUAGAAAUAAAUUAAACCAUUUUUUCAUCCAGCUUUCAGUGACAUUAUUGUGUCUAUCUGUGUUCCUAAGAUGUGAUGACGGACUGUAUUUAAUGAUGUUUAGUUUUAAUGAUUAUGUAUUGAUGUUCAUUUAAUUGAAAUGGGGUGAUAUUUGAGAGCUUACAAAGAUUUAACUCUAAAUAUGUGUCUGUUUAUACACACACACUUACUUGCACAUACAUAAACAUUCACAAAACACUGGAAAACAAGCUGUUGUAGAAGCGGAUAAAUGUCCGGUACAGUGGUGACUUUAAGAAUCCAGAUCUGUUAAAAAAUUACUGAUUAUGUCACCAAUCAUUGAAAAUUACUGAUGUCACCAAUCAUUGACAAUAAUUACUGGUUUGUCACAUAUGUCCUGACAGCAGUUAUUGAUGAAUCAUCACAGAUUUUAGAUCACUAGCCUAGUGGAAAGGAUCGCUCUGGGACUGGAAAGGUUUCAGAAUGACUAGAAUCUGAUAAAGAUGACUUCAUAUUUCACUCACACUAAUAUUUCCUGAGCAAUAGAUGCCACUAUGUUCAGAUUGCGUGAUUAACCUCACUCAUUGGAACAGACUGGAUUCAUGAUUAUUGUAGAGAGACUUUUUCCUCUCCUGAGCUUGUGAAGAGGCAUUAUUUGGCACUGUGUUUGUUUGACGUCUGCAGCCAGUAAAUACUCUCAUUAUUCCACUUUGUAAUCCUUUCUCAAGUUUUCACAUAUAUCCAAGAUUGAGUCUACUAAUGUCAGUAGAUCAGAUAAAGUAAAUUCAAUAAUUACUGAAAACUAGUAUAUGGGGGAAACAUCUCAGUGUCCUUUCUUCCUACCAUAGUAUAAAUGUGUGUGGUGCCAUCCUUCAUCUCGAUGUAUAAAUAUUUCCACUCUGAUGUGGUGUUUACUAAUCUUUCCUCAGUGCUAAGAUUGUGCUUUACUCUCGUUGUGUUGCUAGAAAAAGUUCAUUCAAAACAAAACACAAAAGUGAAGUGUUCUUUCUCCACCUGGGCUAGACUGCAAGAUUCUUUGAUGAUAUGUGUCUGUAUGUUUGUUGAUAUAUAUAAAUUCGUGUGUUCUGUUUAUUUUAUAUAUUCAUAUGUUUUACUUGUUUUUUUUUUUCUUUUUUCUUUCUUAACAGCACAAUGAACCUACUUUAAAGUAGAGAAAUGCACUAUAGAAUUAUUGUUAUUAGUAGUGGUCAAAGUUGGUAACAUGUUUGUCAGGUUUGUAUCAUGGACGUGUAAAGGUGGACUGCUGUCUGUCUGACAAGACCAACAGUUAACCUUUUGCGAAGUUCUACGCUGUUAGUCUUGGCGAGCCUAAACAAUGAAUUUGACUAAACUGAAAGCUUUGUAUACCCCAGCCUCAUUCUAGUAGUUAAGCUGAAAUGUGGCUAAACUGGAAGCUUUGUAUACACCAGCUUCGUUUUAAUAGUCCAGUAAUACAAGUUCAUGUUUUUAUUGUCAAAAUGUGUUUUGCUUGUCAUAUGUUCCAUGUUUGUCGUGUAAUGAUACUUUUAUCUUAAUUUUGUUUUAUUCUGGUGUUCAUGUCUGUUGUGUUUGUCCUCUUGUAAUAUUGCUUUUCAUUUAAGUAGUGGUUUCUUUUUCUAUGUUUGUCUACUUGUCUGCUCCUUUGUCAUGUCCUGUUGUUAGCCUUUAUCAUGUUUGCCCUGUCCAUUUGUGUGAGAUGAUGUUAGAUAUAUAUUAGAUAUGUUAGACUUUUUUUCCUGCUUAGGGGUCAUUUAAAUCUUUACCUGAUUGGUGUAUUGUUGUCACACAUUGCCAUGAUGGUUAUCUGCAAGUAAAUACUUUGUAAAGUAACUUACCUUAGUUUACAAACAUUUGUAUGCAUGGCAAUGAAUCUUUGACUAAUAUUUGUUAAUAGGCAAGCUGUCAUCAUCACAUGCAUACUUUCAGUGCACAUCUGUUUAGUGUUCUCGAUCAGCUUAAAAAGAAUUCUGUUUUACUUGAUAUAGUCAGCCAUUGAGUGUCAAGAACUAGGUGCUAGUAAAUGUAAGUUUUCAUAUUUUGUUGUUAGAGUGUGUGAAAUGUUGAGUAUUGACAGCCAUUAACUUGAUCAUGAUCUGAGCAUGUUGUCAAACUCUGUAUUAUGGAAUACAGAACAAGGAUAACAAAAGCAGCUUGUGUAGUGUGACUGUUCUCAGUGAUGUAGUAGUUUGUAUGGUGUGAAAAAGUGCUGACUGUUCUCAGCGAUGUAGUAGUUUGUGUAGCACAGGGGUGCCCAAUCUAAAGCCUGAUCAUUGUAACCAGACAUAACGUAAUUUCAUUUUUAAGGUCAUAAUUCUGGAAAAACCGCCAUGUUAUGGCCCGUGAGAUUUUAUAUCAUUUCCAGUUUGGCCCUUUGGCGAGAAAAGGUUGGGUAGCACUGGUGUAAUGGGACGAAAGGGCUGACUGUUCUCAGCGAUGUAGUAGUUUUUGAGGUGUGACGAGAGUGCUGGCUGUUCUCAACUAUGUCCAUUCCCUUUUUUUGUGAAGAUAUCCACAUUUUUAGACUAUUUAUCUAUUGCUUAUAAUACUUGUAUCUUUAAGAUGUGCAAUUUAUUAUGCAAGUUUACUGCCAUCUUCCAAUGCACAAAACUUUGUUUCAUUCAUAAGUGCUUUUAGCAAUUGAUAUGACAAAAACGAAGCAUUUUUGUAAAGUCUUUUUCGUGUUGUUAAAACUGAUCAGCUGUACAACACCAGCUUCAGUUCUGUGAAGAUGAAUAUUAUAGAUAUAUAUUUUUUGUCUUGCAAUAAUAUUUUUGUGAUGUCUAUUUGAUAAAUAGAGUGAAAUAAAGGUCAACUAUAGCCUCUUAUUAUGCAGUUAAUUACAUGUAUGAGCACUUUUGUUUAGAACAGUUGCUCGGUACAGACCAGCAGGGUGGUUUAUGCCAUGGAUCUGAAAUCAGCUAUUUUUAUACUCAUCUUAUUAUCUUGGGGGACACAAACUGUUUGUGAUCAAAAGUUCAUCAGUGAUGUCUUUAAGGAUGAAUUAAGCAGCUGAUAUUGUGUGAUCAUCCUUGAAUCACAUCCUUAUAACACCUGGCUAUUUAUUUGUUGUGAACCAGAAUGUUACCUUAAAGCUUAUGUUUACAAUAAAGCAUUUCUUUCACAUUGUCUGGAGCCUGUGAAAGUAAUACAGCUAUGAAGUCCAACAGGACCAUUCUGUGGCCAGUGUGAACUUGCUGGAAGUUCUCAGCUCCAGAUACCUGGCUCCCAUGUCCAACAGCAGCAAUGUUUUGUAUGAAACAAGUAGAUAUUGUGUAACAUUAAACAGCUUGCACUUCUUUCAA